AUGGACGGGCGAAGACAUUCCGUAGAUGUUCCCAUAUCGAGAACACUCGUAGCUCUUAGGAGAGUGAGGUCCCUCCGUGACCCGUCUACUCACUCCAUGAGCAAAUUGUCAUCUUUGAUCGACAGUUUAGAUUGGGAAACAAAUCCUGAUAACUCAGUUACUCCAGGAUUUGAUGGCUUAGGCAGCUGCGAAUUGUAUUAUGGUUCGAAACAAAGUCAAUCGGAGAUAGUUCGUGAAACUAACACGAUAAUGGGGAAAAUGCUCGCCGACCAUGAUGAUAGAAGUUCGUGUGACGAACAUGACGAACGGGAUGAAGUCUUGAAGCAAAAUGAGAAAAGGAUAUCAGAGAUAGUUCGUGAAACUAACAUGAAGAUUGAAAAAAUGCUCGCCGAUCGUGAUAAUAGAAGUUCGUUUGACGAACGGGACGAAUUCUUGAAGCAAAACGAGAAAAUGGAAGAUAAUUUCGGUGGAUCUAGGCAUUCGAAGCUGGGAAAAUCUUAUAAGUCGACAAAUGGCGACGCUUUGAGCCGUUCGGGAAGUCCUUGCUCGUACUCUAUUGGUGAAAAGAUUGGUUUUACGGGUUCUUGCCAUCAGGGGUGCGGGAUAAGAAGCUGCUGGUCUAGGGCAAAGAGAUACAGGGAAUCAAAUCUCGUUAGUAAUGAUGACGAUGUUCUUGAAGACCAGCCUCUUCUUCUAACCGGAGAAAGUCCAUAUACAGAAUUUCCUACUAACCUCUGUCAAAAGUACAUGCCGAAAUCAUUUUCCGACUUGGUCGGGCAAAGCUUUGUGGCAACUUCUCUGCUGAAUUCAAUCUUGAAUAAGCAGAUAAGCUCUCUGUACCUCUUUCACGGGCCGCGCGGGACUGGAAAAACAUCGGCCUCGAGAAUAUUCGCCGCUUCUUUAAACUGUCUCUCGCCGGGGAAUAUCUCGAACAAGCCUUGCAGCUCGUGUCGUGAGUGCAGCUUGCUUUUCUCGGGAAGGAGUCGGGAUUUUCAGGUGCUCGACCCGUUGACAAUCAACAAAAUCGGACGACGAAAAUCACUGGCCGGGAGCAUGUGGGCCCCACCGGUUUCUUCUCGGUUCAAAGUUUACGUUUUGGAUGAGUGCCAUCUCUUGCGUGGCGAGACGUGGGCAGAUUUGCUGAGCUGGCUCGACGGGCUCCCGAGGAAUAACGUCGUUUUAGUAAUGCUGACACCAAAUCUCGAUAAAGUCCCCUGUAGUGUGGUGUCUAGGUCUCGGGUGCACCGUUUUCAGAAAGUUAAGGAAGCUGAUAUAGCGUGCCAUUUGAGAAAAAUAUGUGUCGGGGAAGGUAUCGAGUUCGAGGAGGAUGCUUUGAAUUUCGUAGCGAAUAAAUCGGGUGGUUCGGUUCGGGAUUCGGUUAUGAUGCUCGAUCAGCUGAGUUUGCUCGGGAAGAGGAUAACUGUGUCCUUGGUUUGUGAAGUGAAUGGAGUUGUCUCUAACGACGAGCUGCUCGAUUUACUGUGUCUAGCAUUGUCAUCUGAUGCUUCGAGGACUGUGAAAAGGGCCCGGGAGCUAAUGAGAUCAAGAACCGAGCCUUUGCAACUCGUGUCUCAGCUGGCGAAUCUCAUAAUGGACAUUCUUGCCGGAAAAUUUCCAGAUAACGCUUCUUCAGAUGUCACAAGGAAGCUUUUCGGAAUGGAUAAUUCCGAAGCUGACAUGCAUCAACUCAGUCACGCGCUAAAAAUACUCUCACAAACCGAGAAACAGUUGCGAACGUCUAAGAAUCAGACGACGUGGCUAACUGUAGCUCUUUUACAGCUCAGCUCUUUCCAUGACUCGACCGAUUCACGGUUAAGCAUGAGAACGUUAAACCCGCCAGAGGGUGAAUUUCACAGCACAUCAUCGACUUGGGAGAGCUUGAAGUGCUCAGUUGCAUGCGCUUGUGACGAAGAUGAAUCCGAAAAAAUUCGAACAAACGACGAAUCAGAAACUUUUGAGUUGGUCUGGUCAAGAGCCGUUGAUAUUUGCACACCUCGUUCUUUCAGGAAGUUCCUUCGCAAACGUGGGAAUUUGGUCGAUAUUCGUCUAGUUCAUGGUACAACAGUAGCCGAAUUGGAAUUUAACCAUCCGGAUUACGUGUCGAAAGCUGAAAAAUCGUGGAAAGUGAUAGCAAGUGCACUUCAGCUAGUUCUUGGCUAUAACGUCGAGCUAAGAAUAAACCUCGCAAAUAAUGGAACAAAUAAGCACGCCGCCAAGUUGAAAAGGGAUUACUUCGGGUUAUUCAAUUGCUCACGAAAAGUGCAUCUCAGAAAGUCUCCCACAUCUGAAGAAUGUAAAAGUAGUAGUAACAAUAAUAAUAAUACUUCAGAAAACUUUGAUCAGACUAAUACAAACUUAACGAGGGAUAAAUACAUCGAAACGUGUUCUUCUGAGUGCGAGUCUCAAGCAGGAAAAGGCUUUCCAUGUUGCCAUGGAAAGGAACUGUUCAAGACCAUUAGGGGCAAAGAUGGAAAUUCACUGAGCAUUGGGAUUCGCACGCCCGGAAAAGGCUGCCCGAAUUCAGUCACCACCGAGCCCAAAAGUAAAAACGGUCGAAAGGACUACUUGAAGUUCCAUUGUUGGAAAAACGCCAUUUUUCCUUUCCGUAAGGCAUGGCAGCUGAGGCAUAAUCAUCCACGAGACGAGGCAUUGGUGGAGUACGCUAUGCAUUGUGAGACGGCGAAGUAG